GGCACCUCCAUCUUUACCCUCUCCACACACAACUGAGAGCGGGGGAGGAAGCACAAGGGAGAGUGGACCAGGAUUCGGCCUCGCCAUGAAGAGACCCCACGACUACAGCUCCCCGGACACAGACGUGGAGGAGCUGAUCGAUGUGGGACAGGAGGACGGCUACUGUCCGGUCACUGGCUCCAUGUCUCCCGGUAGUACCUCACAAAUUCUGGCCCGCAAGAAGCGCAGAGGGAUCAUUGAGAAGAGGCGGAGGGACCGGAUCAACCACAGCCUGUCAGAGCUGAGACGGCUCGUCCCCAGUGCCUUUGAGAAACAGGGCUCCUCAAAACUGGAGAAGGCUGAGAUCUUGCAGAUGACUGUGGAUCACCUCAAACUGCUCCAUGCCAUGGGAGGGAAAGGGUACUUUGACGCCCGCGCUCUGGCGGUGGACUAUAGGACACUGGGCUUUCGGGAGUGUGUGGGAGAGGUGGUGCGGUACCUGAGCUCUCUGGAGGGCCUGGAAGCCCCCGAUCCGAUCGGAGCCCGGCUGGUGUCCCACCUGAGCCACUGCGCCAGCGAGCUGGACCCCCUCAUGCAGAGCCCUGCGGCCGUCCCCUUCACGCCCUGGCCCUGGGCCUCCUUCCCCCACCUCCCCACCGCUCCUCCCACCUCCUCCGCCCCCUUCCCGGGGGCCUCUCGCAGGGAGCUCCCGCCCCACACCGCCGCCCUACUGGCUGCGUACCCCUCGCCGGCCCUGCGCACAGCUCCCAUUGGCUGCCUUCCCGCCAGUCACCUGAGCCCCGCCCUGGCUGCCGUGCGCAGGGUGCCGUCCCUCCCCUCCCCCGCCCACAGACUCUCUCAGCCUUCCACCGAGGGCCUGGUGACCCCGCCCUCCUCCGCCAGCUCGCAGGCGGCCUUCAGGCCCUUCGCCCCGCCGGGGUCCGGCUCCGCCCAGCGAGCAGGGGCGGGGAACCCCGGCAAAGCGCCACAAACCUGGGGCACAGAGGUGGGAGCCUUCUGACCCCCUUCACCGGUCCCGGGACACGCGCAUCGACCGGGUCGAGUCAGGGGACAGCAAUGAAUGACGUUAAGGAGCACAGCAAUAAUUGUAAUCCCUCUUACAGUCGAUAGAGAUUUUUCACCUUUGAACUUCCCUGCGCUUCUGUGAGACACGAGGCAAUAUGAGGUCUUCAGUGAGAAGUGGGAACACUCAACACCUGUCAUGUCAAGCAGGUUACAAGCCUGCCUGAAGCCAGAGCAGGAGAACGUCAGCCAUGUGGAUGUGAGACACGCCUAAAAUGGACACUGGACAGUCUUUGUGUCAGCGUGAAUUACAUUUUUGGGAUUUUGGAAUGCAGAUAGGAUGUGGGCAUGGAGGUGGUGUACCUGUGUAGUAGUUCACAGACACCUAUGCAUAUCAGUGUGUGAGUGGCACUGAUUUAAAACAGACUCCCACGAAUAUAGAAUUAUCUGCAAAACAGCCCUGUAAUAUCAAACAUAUAUUGUUGCAUUUUCUCCUUUUAUUUUUAUUUUUGUGGUGUUGCUUUUUUUCUUAUUGUAAUACACUUUUCUUAUCAUGGAGAAUGAUACAUUCUGACCUUUACAUUUUACAUUGGUUGAAUGAAU